ACCACCCACACGCUCUCCACCCGGGAUCUUCUCUCUUCACUGCUGCGCUGGAUACGCCGGCAGAGGCUGCAGGGCCAUGGCUGGGCAAGGGACUAUCCAGUUCCUUCUCUUUUCUCUAAUGCCAGCUCUGCUGGCGGCGGUGCGGAUCAAUGCAAAGGGCCAGCAGACAUUGUACCUGGCCCAGGGGGACUCCGUGAAGCUGGGCUGCCCCUACGUACUGGAGCCUGAGGACAAUGGAGCCGAGGACCUGGACAUCAUAUGGACCAUGAUGAACACUGACCAGAAGCUGCCGCUCCUGAUCUCCCAGGACCAGAAGGUCAGGUACGGCAGCGCCCCAGGCCUGCCGCAGAGGGUGCAAUUUGUGGCCCCGGACCCAAGCCACUACGACGCCUCCAUCUACCUGGCGAACCUGCAGAUGUCAGACUCGGCCAGCUACGAGUGCAGGGUGAAGAAAGCCACCGUCGACACCCACGUCAUCACCAUCAUGGUACUCGAGAAGCCGGCGGCGCCUCAGUGCUGGCUGGAGGGGGAGCCGGUCUGGGGCCAGGACCUCACGCUCAAGUGCUCCUCAAAUGGAGGCUCUGUGCCCGUCUCCUACCAGUGGUCCAAGAUGGGGGGGAACUAUGCCAGCAGCUGGCUGCCCUCCGGGGCAGUGCAGGCACAAGGCUCUGGGGACCUGGUGAUCCAGCAUCUCUCACAGGAGCACUCCGGGACCUACUGCUGCCGCGUGACCAGCCGGGUGGGAUCCAACCAGUGCAUGGUGCACGUCUCUGUCUCUCGCCCCGGCUACUCAGGCUCAAAGAAUGUGGGGCUCAUCGUGGGAUCUGUCCUGGGCUCCAUUUUCCUCCUCAUCCUGCUGCUCACGCUCCUCUGGGCCCUGCUGUGGUACUGUAAGCGGAGGCACUGCCACCCGGGGGUGCCCAUCGAGAUCAGGUGA